AAUUUAGUAGUGUUGGAAUACGAGUGCAGUUUUAACGUAUGUUUGCGGUUUAGAUGUGCACGUUGUUUUGUAAAUUCAUUACAUAAAUUCAGAAGAAGUGCAUCCGAUAUGUACGCCCUGAUCCGCCGCUUUGCCGGCGUCACCAACUUGGGCUGUCCCAUCAGAAGCUACGCCUCAUUUACGCCCAGAGAUGUUUUGCGGAGCACCACCGAAGAAUCCGGCACACUGACCACCCGCUUUGCGAAGCACAUUGCAGUGGAGCGCUACAGGGAUCCGGAUCACGUGCUGCCCAAGACUACGGUACGGUACGCUGACUUCUUCCCCAUCACGGACGACCGGUACUUUCAGCGGACAGUGCAGAAAACGGCUGCCGACCAAUUGCCCGCCCUGAUCAUCCAGGCCUCCAGUUAUCGCUCCAAUGCCGCUGUGCCCAUGUAUGUGACUGCCCUUAACUCGUUGGAUAACCAUGCGGCCAAGCAGCUGGACAAGAUGGAUACCUCCAUCGUGCUGGAAACGCUCUACUCCUUUCUAUUCCUCAUACCCAGUUGGUUGAAGCGAACGGAUUUCUACCACGCAGCCAUGCGACGAUUGGUCAAGGAGGACUUUCGUGGCAACAAGGAGCGAUUCGUUCAGGUGUGCUUCUAUCUGGGAUUGCAAAAGAAGCAGGCGAAAUCAUCUGAGGACUUCCAGCAGCUCCUGGUAGAGCAUCUACCAACUCAUCUGCCCGCCUUAAGUGAACUGGACCUUGCUGUGAUCAGCAAUGCGGCAUACAAAACGGCAACCUUGGUAGCCGGUGAGGCUAAGUCGGGAUAUGAAGCAAGCCUCGUUAAUACCAUAUUAAAUCUGGAGCUUACCACCGGAAGCGAUGCCUUGCUGGUCUCCUUUGUCAAGGCAUUGCGGUUGCAGCAAGUCAAGGAUGAGCGAGUGUGCCAGCAUUUGCAGAAUAUCUGCCUGGAUCCUGUGAAGAUAACCCUUAUUGAACCCCGUGGACUAGCUCAUAUCUUUGCAUUUUUUGCCGAGCAACUUUGGGAUCAGCAUGAAUGCCUAACCGUCAUUGUAGAGCGACUGAUGACACUGCUCAAACCUGGAGACCUGCGCGCCAAAGACUUGGCCACAUUCCUGUGGGCCAGCGCCCAGCUCGAUUGUACAUUAACUCCUGAGCAAAUCAGACAACUGGAGCUGGCUGCUCUUCGCAAACUGGAUCAUGGGGAGUACGACUAUUUCGCUGACAACCUUGUAGACACCUGCCUCUCGCUGUGCACUUUGGGUCACUACUCUAAGGAUCUAAUCAAUGCAGCUGAAGAGCUUAAAGCAGCCCAAAAACGUCAGAGAGCCCAACCCAAGGUGGAUAGUCGUUUGAAUGUCCUGCGAUCUGCUGUAGCCAUUGAGCAGCCUUCAAUUGCAAAGAUUAAGACAGAAAGAGCUUUUAAAGAGUUUGAUUCCGCGCCAGCUUAUUUGCUUAAAGAUCGCCCCGACUUGACGAAAUACGCCCAGGAGCUAAGUGGCGACGCUGAUGUGGAGGGCGUAGAUAUGGUGUGUCCCAUUGCCGGAAUAAAUCUGCCCAGCUUACGUGUGCAGACAAUGGGCGUCCAGGAAAGCGUUUACUUUGUAGAACUGCUCACCGCAGAGCAGACCCUGAAGUUCAGCAAGAAACCAACUUCCUUAAUGCGUCUUAAGAAAAGACUUCUGAAAUCCCUUGGCCGAAAAGUUGUAGUACUGAACUCCACAGGAAUGGCCACCAAUGCAAAGGAACUGCACCAACUCUUAGAACUGGCAGCAAAUGCAGGAGAAGAAUCCAAUGUUGCCCAAGGCGUGGGCCACUAAAAUAUGUGAUAUAAAGGGGCCGAAUCGGCCUUUUAGGCUAGUUACAAAUCGUAGCUUUAUUUAACAGUGUUUUAUGUACUUGUACAUAUUAUUUAAAUAUUAAUAGCACUAAACAUAAUGGUCAACA